UCCUUCACACGCUAGUCUUCUCUUCCUCUCCAACGGAAGUACCUCAAAAGCGCGCGAAAACAGAGAGUCCCUCGGAGAGAUAAUGCCGGAGCUACCGGAGGUUGAGGCGUCGAGGAGAGCGAUAGAGGUGCACUGCCUGGGCAAGAAGAUCAAGAGAUCCAUCGUGGCUGAUGACUCCAAAGUCAUCGAUGGAGUCUCUCCUUCCGACUUCGAGGCCGCUAUCCUUGGCAAAACAAUCGUUUCUGCUCAUCGAAAGGGCAAGAACUUGUGGCUCCAGCUCGAUUCCCCUCCGUUUCCUUCUUUCCAAUUCGGUAUGGCAGGUGCCAUAUACAUUAAGGGAGUUGUUGUUACAAAGUACAAGAGGUCUGCUAUUAAUGACACAGAUGAAUGGCCUUCCAAAUAUUCCAAGUUAUUUGUUGAGUUAGAUGACGGUCUGGAGCUGUCUUUCACUGACAAGAGGCGAUUUGCUAAAGUUCGCUUGCUGAAAGAUCCGACUUCUGUACCUCCAAUAUCUGAACUUGGCCCUGAUGCACUAUUCGAGCCUAUGACCAUUGAUCAAUUUUUUGGAUCUUUAAGCAAGAAGAAAAUUGCAAUUAAGGCAUUAUUGCUUGAUCAGAGCGUUAUUUCGGGUAUUGGCAAUUGGAUUGCAGACGAAGUGCUAUACCAAGCGAGGAUUCACCCACUGCAGAGUGUUGCCAGCCUGUCCAAAGAAAGUUGUGCAACUUUGCUCAAGUGCAUUAAAGAGGUAAUUCAGUUUGCUGUUGAAGUUGAUGCUGAAUGUAGUCGCUUUCCUCUUGAAUGGUUGUUUCAUUUUCGGUGGGGAAAAAAGCCUGGGAAAGUCAAUGCACUUGAAGUCGGGGCAGAUAGUACUCAGUUCCCUAAUAAUUGGAUUUUCCAUUCCCACGAAAAGAAGCCUGGCAUGGCUUUUGUUGACGGGAAGGUGAUUGAUUUUAUCACUGCUGGCGGAAGGACAACAGCAUAUGUUCCAGAAUUACAAAAGUUGAGUGGAGGCCAAGCCGCAAAACUGGCAGGCGAGCAAACAAAGCAAAUGUCUAAAAGAAAAGGAGGUAGAAAAGAUGAUGAUGUUGAUGAACCAGCAAGCGAGGAAGAGGAAACAGCUGAAAUUGUCAAACCAAAGAGGGAAUCAAAGUCUAAGGGUCGUACUAAGAAGCCUCCAUCAAAACGAAAUUCUAAGGAAAGUGAAGAUGAUACUGGUUCUGUUCACAGUGAUGGAGAUGAUGAUGACCCCGCAAGUGAGGAAGCGGUAGUUGCUAAAAGUUCCAAAUCAAAGAAUGGACGGGAGUCAAAACAAGGAGGUAAGAAGAAGCCUGCAGCCAAAAGAAAAGCUAGGGAAAGUGAUGAAAGUGAUGAUCAGGACAAUGGAGAAGAUGAAAAGCGGAAACGUGGGAAGGUGACCAAUGAUAAGCAACCCAAGGCAGCAUCCAAGAAAAUUGCUGCCAGCCAAAACGGUAAAAGGUCUACAAGAGGCAAGUAGUUUAUGUUGAGAAAUGGCCAUGUAAACUGGCCGGGUUUUGGGGAAUGACAAAGACAGGGUUUAUGGUUUUAACUUAUUUUUAAUGGUACCUCUUCAUUUGUGAUUACUUAUGUUCAUAUCUUUCUACUGCUCUGUGAUGCUUAGAAGAAUGGAAUCCCUCUUAUGGUUGUAUCUAGUAAUCUUAGGUGGAUUGCUAUCUCUAUUGCUUUCUUUUGCGACCA